AUGGAAUCUGAUAGCAAGUUAACCUCGGAGGAAUCGGAAAUUUCGUUGCCAUCUUCCAUCAUCGAUGAUGGUUGUUGUGUUGCUCCAUUUUAUACGCAAAAUGAUUCAUUGAACGAUGAUGCAACGUGUUGGAAGAAUGAAGAAAACGAUAAUAUUAAUAAUGAUCAUUCGCCUACUUACAUCACUUGCCCUACUGGCUUGAAUGACCAAGAUAGUAUCAAUCGCAAUCUAACAACUCAUCAUACGGAUGAUGAUGGAGAUAAUUUGCAUGAUCGCUUGACCAAUUUAAUGCAAAAAUUGGAUACCACCCAAUCAUCAGUGGCAGUAAAAACUGUUGAUAAAUUAUUAACUACGGCAAUCAAUCGUUAUAGCGAUGAUCAAUAUCGUUGUAGAGCGUUCCAAAUUGCUCGAUGUAUACUACAACAGUAUGGAAUGGAACCAUUUCAAUCUUUGCAAACAGAUUCAUUAAAAUACCCGGGAUUAACUCAAGAUGUUCUAGAUUAUCUUAAUGAAGUUCAGUUAUCAACAAUGGAUGAAAUAGCUACAUCUUAG